CCGAGAGUCCACCAAGCCAUGGAUGCAGUGACUGUGUAUCACGGCAACAUCAGCCGGGAGACAGGCGAGAAGCUACUGCUCUCCAACGGUCUGGAUGGAAGCUAUUUGCUGAGGGACAGCGAGAGCAUCCCAGGCGUGUACUGCCUCUGUGUGCUGUAUCAAGGUUUCAUUUAUACAUACCGAGUGUCCCAGACAGAAACAGGUUCUUGGAGUGCUGAGACAGCACCUGGGGUACAUAAAAGAUUUUUCCGGAAAAUAAAAAAUCUCAUUUCAGCAUUUCAGAAGCCAGAUCAAGGUAUUAUAAUACCUCUGAAGUACCCAGUAGAGAAGACCACCUCAGCUAGAAGUACACAAGGUACUACAGGGAGAAGAGAAGAUCCUGAUGUCUUCCUGAAAGCACCAUGAAGAAAAAUAGAACAACUUGUCCCUUAUUUUCAAUAAUUUAAAUAUACUCUAAGUCAUAUAUAUAUUGUAGAUAAUACAGUUCACUGAGUUACAAAUGUAUCUCUCAAGCUAUCCUACUCUUGUAAAGGAAGCAUGCAGCAUGAUGUUGAAGCUGAAAUGGACUUUGAGGAUAAUGAGGAGCUUCAGAAUGAGGGCUGGGAAAAAUAAUUCUACAGGUUAUUCUAUUUACAAAUGGAAAACAAUUUAAAAUGAUACUUUAUAAAAGAUUAAUGUAAAUUCUUGCCAAAAAUAAAAACAAUCCCCAAU